CCCUAUCUCUCUCCCCCAAACCCUACGCAAGGUUUCAAAUGCCCCAAGUGCCCCUCCUCUUCCUUCUCUUUCCCUACGCACUACACACGCCCUCUUCUUUCUCUUUCCUUCACGCAGCGCCGUGCCGCGCCGGUGGCGAACUCCGGCGAGCCACCCACUGCACACAAGCCACAUUUUAUUUCUCAUUUAUUCCCUCUCUAUCUCAAACCGUGAAAUCACCGGCGGUUUUUGGUUCCAUCCAUUCGGUUUUGAAUAUUCCAUCCAUUAGGUGCGAUUUUCCUUUUUCAGAGCAAAAAAUAUACCGCCUCCUUCCUUCCCACCGCCUCCACUUCCGCCGUGACGGCGGGUACAACUAUUACCAACCAGUUAUUUCCUCUGCCUGCCAUGACGACUGCCAAAUUUUGCUCCAACACUGAGUUCUAUGGCUAUUUAGCUAAUUCGAACUUGCCGUCUCAGCCGAAAUCGAUUCCAACCCCCAUGUUUCCGUGCGUUCAUGCGGCAUCCAAAUCCAAAUGUUUCUACGAUGGAUCGAUUGGGCUUUCAGUGAGCCCCAGAGGAGUUGGAGGCAGAAGAUUUGGGAGGAUUGGAGCUGCUUCUUCUGUAUCGAAGAGMAAUUUUAGUGUGGAGGCUAAAUCAGGUCUUACGUAUAAGGAUGCUGGAGUCGACAUAGACGCUGGUACAGAGCUUGUGAGAAGAAUUGCUAAGAUGGCCCCUGGUAUUGGCGGCUUUGGGGGUCUUUUUCCUCUAGGUGAUUCAUAUCUUGUAGCUGGCACAGAUGGUGUUGGAACCAAACUAAAGCUUGCUUUUGAGACUGGGAUUCAUGACACUAUUGGGAUUGAUUUGGUUGCUAUGAGUGUCAAUGACAUUGUUACUUCUGGAGCAAAGCCUCUGUUCUUUCUUGAUUACUUUGCUACAAGCCAUCUUGAUGUUGAUCUUGCCGAAAAGGUAAUAAAAGGUAUUGUGACCGGUUGCCAACAAUCUGACUGUGCACUUCUGGGCGGCGAGACAGCAGAGAUGCCAGACUUCUAUGCCGAUGGUGAAUAUGAUCUCAGCGGUUUUGCGGUGGGCAUUGUAAAAAAAGACUCUGUUAUUGACGGGAAAAACAUCGUGGCUGGAGAUCUCCUUAUUGGCUUACCUUCAAGUGGAGUCCAUUCAAAUGGAUUCUCUCUCGUUAGAAGGGUCAUCGAGCGAAGUGGCCUAUCCUUGAAAGACAAACUUCCUGGUGGAGAUGUUACAUUAGGUGAGGCCUUAAUGGCCCCUACUGUGAUAUAUGUCAAACAGGUACUUGACAUUAUCAGUAAGGGAGGGGUUAAGGGGAUAGCUCACAUCACUGGCGGUGGUUUUACCGAUAAUAUACCUCGAGUUUUUCCCAAUGGCCUUGGAGCUGUUAUUUAUGAGGAUUCAUGGGAAAUCCCAACGGUUUUUAAUUGGAUUCAAGAGACGGGAAAAAUCGAAGAAAUGGAAAUGAGACGAACAUUCAACAUGGGUGUUGGCAUGGUUCUUGUAGUGGACCAAGAGGCGUCACAAAGAAUACUCAACGACAGCGAUGGAUCAAACAGAGCUUACCUCAUCGGAGAGGUUGCAGAUGGCGAAGGCGUAAGAUUUUUAUAAUCUGUGAGUGAAAUUUUUGUACCCAAAAGUCUUAGUUUAACAGGAUUUUAGCGUUUAACCCACAAUGGGUCAUAACAUUAAAGGAGACGUCUUUAUGAUAAACGAGUUUCCUUAAGUUGUACCAUAUUGUGUUGAAUAAGUUGAUUUGUAAUGGCUGUUUCAACAUUUUAA